AUGAUGAACCAGCGGAGAAAGAGCUCCACAGGAAAUUACAACCCUUCAGUAAGCAAGAACGAUGUGCAGAGAGAUAUAAAGAGAGAGAGAGGCGGUGGCAGUGGCGGCCGCUCAGAAGACCCACGGCGAGACCUCGAGCUGUGCCGGCAACAGUGUCGAGAGGAGGAGCUUGGCCACAGGCAGCAACAAAAGUGUCAGAACAGUGGGUGCGAAGAGGAAUACGAGGAACGGAGAAGGAGAGAGAAAGAAGAAGAGAGAGAAAGUGGAAACCCACAAAUAGAAUACUCUCGGAAGCAAUACGAGCAGUGCCGGGAACAAUGUCAAACCUACGAGCAUGGAAAGAGAAAAGAAGAACAACGGUGCCAGAGACGGUGCAGAGAGCAGUAUGAAGAGCAACAGAGAGAGCAAGAAGAAAGAGCCCACGGCGGCGGUGGUGAUGGAGAGCAAGACCACCAUGACCCUGAACAACAAUUCCGGCAGUGCCUAGAGCUCUGUGACAAGCAACCACACCGGCAAAGACCUCAGUGCCGGCGGCGAUGCAAGCGGCAGUUCAGAGAGGACAAGAGAGAACAUGGGGUGGUGAUGAUGGAAGAGAUCUGA